AUGAACGGCCAAGUUGUUUUUAUCGGUGCUGGGCCAGGCCAUGCGCGUUGGAUUACCGUUGCAGGUCAGCAAGCAAUAGCAGAAGCAGACGUCAUCUUAAUUGAUGCUCUGGUGUCACUAUCUCUUUUAUCUUAUAUACAAUGGGAUGCAACCGUUAUUGAUGUUGGGAAACGUGCUGGUAAACCAAGCCAGUCACAAAAAGAAAUCUGUGACUUACUUGUUCAAUUAGCAUCGAAAGGGAAACAGGUUAUUCGUCUUAAAGGAGGAGAUCCUUGUACCUUUGGUCGUUUAGCUGAAGAAAUACAAGUGCUUCUAAAAGCUGGUAUUUCCUAUGAGAUUAUUCCUGGUAUCACCGCUGCUAGUGCUGCUGCUGCUCGUGCAGGUAUUUCUUUGACGGAUCGAGACAUAUCAGCUAGCUUGACCUUGCUAACCGGACAUCGCCGUACUGCAGGCCCCAAACCUGAGUUAGAUUGGGAAGCCGCUUCGCGUUCGGGGACAGGAGCAAUCUAUAUGGGCGUUCUAAGUGCUGCUGAAAACGUCCAGAAAUUGAAGCGCCAUGGUGUUUCUAGUGAGACGCCUGUAUUAAUUGCACAAGCAGUAACAACCCCAAAAGAAAAAUUAGUAGUGUCAUCCUUAGAGACGUUAGAAACAGACCUUAAAGAUAAACACAUUCGUCCCCCUGCUGUUUGGGUGUAUGGGGGUGUUGUUACUGCUACUAAAACAACACAACAUAAAGUUCGUGCCAAUGUCGGAUUCUUUCGUCCCGAUCUGCAAAAGAUAGCUUGGCAUUCACAACUAUUUGCAGCGGGUUUUGAACCUUGUACCAUACCACUGCAGCGUAUUUGUGAUCCUCCUGAUGCGUAUAAAAGUUUUGAUGCCAGUUUCCAAAUAGCAAGUCAAACAUCAGGUUGGUUGGUUUUUACAAGUCCAACAGCGGUAAUACGGUGGUGGCAACGAUGUCAAGAAUGUCGCCAAGAUUUACGCCAGUGGCAUCGUUGGAAAAUUGCAGCAGUUGGUAAAGCUACUGCCCGGCGGUUAACAAAUAUUGGGAUUAUGCCAGAUGUAACCGGUUCCGAACGUUGUGGUACAGACCAAAUACCAGCCUUACUUGGAGAGCCAGUUGGAACAGUACUCCUAUGCCAAGCAAGUGAUGCUCGUUUAGCACCACAUCAAACAUUAGCAGACAAAGGUUGGCAGGUUCAUCCAGUACUAACCCAUGCCAAAGAACAUCGUAAAUAUGUACCGGAAACACUACGUAUUGCCAUCGAACGACGGUGGUUCGACUAUGUCGUUUGGACAGCCACUUCUCAAAUUGAAGUAGUUAAUCGUUGGCAACUAGAUCAACUAUGGCAAGAUGUUCACCAUAUCGCUUUUGGAACACAAACAGAAGCAGCUCUUAAUAAUAUUGGCGCAACAACUAUCUCAUCGGUUCAAAAAUCAUCACUUCAGGCUGUUAUUGAUGUGUUAUCAAGUUCUUAA